UCUGUAUCACUGUUUAUGUUUAAAUGAUAGUCAGACACAUAUUGAACAAUCAACUAAUAAAACUGUAGACUAUUUGUCGCAUUUAAUGGUAAAUCAACUGAUACCGGGUGUAGCAGUUGGUGUGAGCCGUUAUGGCCGACAUAUUGUUGACGUGCCGUUAGGUUGGGCCGACAUCGAGAACGACGUUCCCGUACGCCGAUACUCGAUGUGGCGUAUGGCCAGUAUUAGCAAGUCUUUGACCAGUGCACUGGUUGGCAAACUUAUGGAAAACGGUAGACUUAGUCUAAACGAGUCUAUCUAUAAAUACCUAAAACCAGGCAUUUUUCCCGUCAAACAAUGGAAGGGCAAGGAUGUGGACAUUACUGUAGGACAGCUUAUGUCACAUACAUCCGGUCUCCCAGUAGACAAUUCUGACAAAGACAUGACCAAAAUAUACGAGUACACCAAUUGUACCGAAUCGGUAGCUAAGUUUAGAAAUGACCCAUUGAUCUCAGCUCCGGGAACUCAGUAUAACUAUUCAAACUAUGCCUACCAAGUUCUCGGAGCCGUAAUCGAGUCGGUGACCAAUGAAAACUUUGCCACAACUAUUGACAAACUGAUGCGUGACAUACAUAUGAACGCAACGAUGGCCGAGACAUACGGAAUGGUUGUCAGGCAUCGGGUGCACGACUAUAUACGUAGCGAUUCUGGCUAUUUGCUGCACCCGACUACCAAUAAAUCACAGUUGCAUCUCAUGAAUGCAGUUAUUUUAGACGAUUCACUUACAGUAGAGGCUCAGUGGAGCUCCGGAGGUAUGAUGUCAAAUGUCGACGAUUUGCUAACAUUUGCUGACUUUAUGUUAGACAGCUAUUAUAAUAUCAACAAUACUAACCCGGAUUUACUUAAAUCGGAGACAAUUAACCAAUUAUGGGAACCGAUAUUUAAGAAAACUAUUGAUAAAUUUGGAACUCAUAAAACUGCUCACGGAUGGGAAGUAAUUGAAUUGGACAAACCAAUCACAUGUACCAAUAAAUGCCAAAUGCCGGCAUCUAUAAGGAAGGUUAUCUGGAAAACGGGUGGUUUGUAUGGAUUGGCAACUAUUAUUGUAAUACUACCCGAACAACACAUUUGUGUUACAUUUUUCUGUAAUAAUUCCAGUUUUAACAAUACAGGACUAAUUGAAUUGGCACUGAUAGUGGCCAAACAGUUUAUGAUGUAAAUGAAAUGCUAAUUUUCUAAUUAAUAUAACAAAUUGUUAUCAACAAAAAAAACUA